GACUAAUUUUCAUAACAAAUACCCUACUAGGUCACCAGAUAGACACACCGCCCCCAUUACCCUACAUAUGUCUUCCCGCGUGCUAGCGAGCCUCCCUGAGGGCAAAAAGGCCCCCGCUCCUGACAGAAAAGCACCUGAGAGAAAAAUGCCGGUGGCGAUAUCCAGCUCCCCUGGCACUGAAGCCAGAACGCCGUCGGCCGCACCGUCACCCACGAUAGCCAUGAAAAGACCCAUCAGCAUUGCGGAGAACUCGCCUGGAAUCACCAGGAUCGUCACAUCCAAAGAAUGGGUGCUCCCCGCGAGACCCAAACCCGGCCGAAAGCCGUCGGUCGACACACCUGUGACGAAGCGCAAGGCGCAGAACCGCGCGGCACAGCGCGCGUUCCGGGAGCGACGUGCGACACGCGUCCAGGAGCUUGAGGAGAAGCUUGCUGAGUUUGAGAAAGACCGUGAGCUCAAGGAGUUAGGCUACGUCAAUACAAUCCAGCGCCUUAAGCUGGAAAAUGCCAGCUUGAACCGUGGGAUGGAAGAGCUCAGACGCCAAAUCGGACACUACAAGGGCCCACAGGGCCAACCGUAUGUUAACCCCAUGUCUUCAUCGUUUGCAGCCUACCAGGCCACUUCUGACACAAUUAGUUCCAUUUUGAACGGGAACAAAUCGCCCGCUUCCAACUCCUCCAUCUACUCCAGCUACCAGCAGAUCUCACCGGCACCAUCUUCUGACGCCCCUUCACCGACGUCAGUGUAUGUGACUCCGCCCGCGAACCUCCUUAAUCUCUCCCAGGUGGAUGAUGACUGUGGGGCGUGUGUCAAAGAUGAUUGUGUGUGUGAGACGAUUGGAAUCAAAAAGCGAUCCACCGAAGACGACUUCCUUGACAUUACCAAGCCAAGGAAGCGGAAGCUAGAGACGGAGGUUGAUUUCACUGCCCAGUUCAGCACCAAGAAAACCGAAAAGUCAUCGAACAAUACGCUCAUGGCGAGUUUCCACGGUGAAGCCAAAAGCAACUCCAGCUUUGACAUGGAUUGCGGUUUCUGUUCCGAUGACACCCCGUGUGUGUGUCGCGAGGCGGCGAAGGAGGCUCUCCAGAUUAACAGGUCGUUGUCUGAGUGCAAGAAGCAAAAGACGGAGAUGGCUUUACCUCCGCUCAAGGUGAACAACAACACAAAAAUAGAGCUCAAGCGGAAAAGCUCGUUGGUGCACUUGCCGGUGUUGCACCCAGGGCCGUCAGUGGAGUUUAACGCUGGGAGUAUGGAUGCGAGUGUGGCUAAGGCUGCAGUUGCGGAAGGCCUGGCAGCUGCGUCAGAUAGCACUCCCCUUAAAGCGGUUAGCAUCCCCCUUAAGGUGGCUAGCGUGCCACUCAAGGCAGUAUCCUUGAGGCUGAACGAAGGAGAGAUUGAAAUCACCUCCAGCAAGCCGACUCUCCAGGACAAGCAGUCCAAGCUUGCGGCUUUCAUACAGAGAAAACCCUCAGCAAAGAAGGAAGGUUGCACCGGCGACCCCGGCACUUGCUCUUUGUGUCAGAUCGACCCAAUGUCGACGUUGUUUUGUACAACCAUUGCCACCAAAAACUCUUCCACCCGAACGCCCACCGCGCCUGUUCCAAAGCCCACGGAAGAUGCCAAGAUUGGCCUCACCGAGAUUCUCAACGUGGCACCACGGCCAAACAUUGCCCGAAACACCUCCGCGCCGCUGCUCCCAGCCUUAAAUGGGGCUGCCCCCGCAAGUGGAGUCUUCAUCCCCGUACCGGACGCCUACAGAACAUUGUCGCGCCACGAAAACUUUGACAAGAUGGAUUUCAACUACAUGGUGGGCAAAUUAACCACAAAGGGUAUGAGUGUGGAUGUCGGCAGUGUGGCCAACUUGUUGCGCGAGCUUGAUAGAAGGUUAUACAAUUAGAUUUGGGUAGCUGAGCUAGAAUAUGGACUAGUUUGAGGAUUUUUCGUUGAAUUUAGGAGCUAAGAAUGUAGGGCUAGGAGGGGAAACUAAAGGAGCUUGACGCUGGACUGGAGAUGUGACAGAAAAUCAGGUUGAGUCUGAUGUAUAUGUUGAUCCUCGAGAUCUGUUAACUUAGUCAUACAGGUGCUUCUGAACGCUUCGCUGCUUCGAGAGGGAGGUCACUAUGUAAUUAAUGUUUUUAUUUCCUCUUAUCACCACUUUCCGUUGAAAUAAGACGUAUCUUUUAUUAAACCCAUAUUAAAUUCGCUGCCUUCCCUUGAGGUUUUCAAUAACCAGCCUUGCUAGUUCAAUCGAUAGAGCGUGUGGUUAGCAGUAUGCAAUCGCAUGGUUCUGGGCUAGAUUCCCAGUCUCGCUUUUCCUUUUCAUUAUCGGUUUUUUUUUGUUUAAGUACCGGCUAUCUGUU